AUGAACGUGGUCCUGCUGGCCUUAAGGCUGAUGUGCUUGGCCUGGCUGUGGCCUGUCACGCAUCUCAACAGCAAUCACUUCCCAAACAAGAGGAGACACAAGGAUGUGUACCAUGGAGAGAACACCAAACAAAAGCACGGAGGACGAGUGGACUUGAGGAUAAAAAAGUUGGACAGCACCAAGUCUCUGCUAAUUAAAUCUGAGCAGCUGCUUCGUAUUGAGGACCAUGACUUUGCAAUGCGGCCAGGCUUUGGAGGGUCAGCUAUUCCGGUUGGCAUAGAUGUCCAGGUGGAGAGUAUAGACAGCAUAUCUGAAGUUAACAUGGACUUCACCAUGACCUUGUACCUGAGGCACUACUGGCAGGAUGAUCGCCUGGCCUUCCCCUCCAGCAGCAAUAAGAGCCGCACCUUCGAUGCCCGUCUGGUGAAGAAGAUAUGGGUUCCUGAUGUAUUCUUCGUCCACUCCAAGCGCUCCUUUAUCCACGACACUACAAUGGAGAAUAUCAUGCUGAGGGUUUAUCCUGAUGGCAAUAUCCUCUACAGUGUCAGGAUCACUGUGACUGCUCUUUGUUCAAUGGACUUCAGUAGUUUCCCCCUGGACACACAGAAUUGCUCUCUGGAGCUGGAAAGUUAUGCGUACAACGUGAACGACCUCAUGCUCUACUGGAAGAAUGGGAACGAUUCAUUAAGGACUGAUGAGAUCGUGCUCUCUCAGUUUUUUAUUGAAGAAUUCCACCCUUCCUAUGGGCUUGCCUUCUACAGUAGUACUGGCUGGUACAAUCGGCUCUAUAUAAACUUCAUUCUCAGGAGGCACAUCUUCUUCUUCAUGCUUCAGACAUAUUUCCCCACCAUGCUAAUGGUGAUGCUAUCCUGGGUGUCCUUCUGGAUAGACAGGAGGGCCGUGCCUGCACGCGUUUCUUUGGGUAUAACUACGGUUCUGACAAUGUCCACCAUCAUCACCGGUGUCUCAGCCUCUAUGCCACAGGUGUCUUAUGUUAAAGCUGUGGACAUUUAUUUGUGGGCCAGCUUCCUCUUCGUCUUUCUGUCUGUCAUUGAGUACGCUGCUGUCAACUAUUUCACCACAGUGGAAGAGAUGAAGAAGCUCAAAAGGGGAAAGGUCCCUGCCUCCUUCAACGCCAACCAGGCUAUGGUCUUUGAUGGAUGUUUUCAUGAUAAUGACAUUGACCUGGCAUCUUUCCCAGAGGUCUCCAGCACCCCCAACACAGAGAGGACCAUUCACUCUCAGAACUCAACUGUUGACUCUCCACCCAUGGAGGGCACCAGGCUACGCCGCGAGCACCCCUUGAAGCAGAACCUCAGCUUCAUAAUGAGCAACAGCUAUAUGAUUGACUCCUACUCCAGAAUCAUAUUCCCCAUGUCUUACCUGCUCUUUAACAUCAUCUACUGGAGUUUGUAUUCAUAG